AUGGACUUCAACUCUAUUCAGGCUCAAAUUCAAGGUGCCUUCAACUCCAUUGAUCUAAACACGCAGAACUUCAAGUCUUUGGACGCUUUUGAAAGUAAGACCAGAUUACCAAGGUCUUAUGCUGUCGUUGGUGCAGGCGCAACUUAUUUACUGCUUAUUUUUCUUAACAUCGGGGGAAUCGGUGAACUUCUCUCAAAUUUGGCCGGGUUCGCUUAUCCUUGUUAUCUAUCUUUGAGAGCUUUGAAGACUUCUGGCUCGAAGGAUGACACCAGAUUGUUAACCUACUGGGUAGUUUUCGCCUCGUUGAAUAUUAUUGAAUUCUGGUCAGGGGCCAUUCUCUACUGGGUUCCUGCCUACUUUCUCUUCAAGACUCUAUUCUUGAUCUACUUGGCAUCUCCUGCUACAAACGGUGCAGAAGUUGUGUUCACUGUAUUUAUUAAGCCUUUUGCUGAUAAGCUUGUAACCGAGGGUAUCCAAGGUCCUGCCGAUAGCUUGAUGGAUAAGGUUCAGGAUAAGAUGGAGUGA